AUGUCCCGGAGGAGGAGGAGUCGGUGGCACCAACCCCCUUCUCACGUAAUGGGGUAGGGCUAUUCCAAGGAUCCCGGAACGUACGGACGGUUGCACUGUGGUAGUGGGGAACAGGAAGUUCCGGACAGGCGCGCAACAUUCUUCAGAAUAAAGAAAGCGUGCAGUCUAGAAGAGAACCAUUGUGUCCGUCUCUAUUUAUUACUACAGAAUGAAGAACGUGAUAACUACUUGACAAGUUCCAUAACUAGAGACUUGGUUUGUCUGAGUGGAUGUACAUACUUUUGCUUGAACGGGCUUCAGGCAGUGCGGGUGCAGCAGAGAGAGCCAAUUUGACGGUUGCAGUACUGUUUUGAAGCUGAAAUCUGAGGCCGGUAACAUCAAGUGAGGACAAACCCAGCCUUCCUCUCUCCUUCCACACUGAGUCCAAACCUACAGUCACUGGGUCCUGAUUGUUACAGUGGAGCCCAGUUUGCACUGCAGGAUCCAGAGAUGGCAUCAGUGAAGCUGGAAGACUGCAGUCAAACACUGGAGCUGAAUGUCAACAUUAAAGAUGAAGAAGAGGAGGAGAAGAUGGGGACAUCUGUUUCUCAUGUGAGGACAAACCCAGCCUGCCUCUCUCCUUCCACACUGAGUCCAAACCUACAGUCACUGGGUCCUGAUUGUGACAGUGGAGCCCAGUUUGCACUGCAGGAUCCAGAGAUGGCAUCAGUGAAGCUGGAAGACUGCAGUCAAACACUGGAGCUGAACGUCAACAUUAAAGAUGAAGAAGAGGAGGAGAAGAUUGGGAAAUCUGUUUCUCAUGGACACCAUGUUGAGACAUUCUCUACAUCCAGAGAGCAGCUGGAAGAUCGCAGAGCUAAGAGAUUUCACCAUUGCCCACAUUGUGAGAAGAUUUUGCCAUUUCUAUCAAAGCUAAAAAUACACCUAAAAAUACACACAGGAAAUAAUCUGAAUUCCUGUACUGACUGUGGGAAGAGCUUCACAACAUCAACUAAGCUAAAAGUUCAUCAGAGAACACACACGAGAGAGAAGCCUUAUUCCUGCUCUGACUGUGGGAAGAGUUUCUCCCGAUUGGAUAAUUUAAACACACAUGAACGUAUACAUACAGGAGAGAAGCCUUACGUCUGCUCUGACUGUGGAAAAUGCUUUAAAACAACAGCUGAGCUAAAAGUUCACCAGAGAACACACACAGGAGAGAAACCUUACUUAUGCUCUAACUGUGGGGCGAGUUUCUCUCGACUGGGCCACUUAAAAAUACAUGAACGUAUGCAUACAGGAGAGAAACCUUACCCCUGCUCUAAUUGUAUAAAAUGCUUCACAACAUCAACUGAGCUAAAUGUUCAUCAGAGAACACACACAGGAGAGAAGCCUUACUUCUGCUAUGACUGUGGGGCUAGUUUCUCUCGUCUGGGCAACUUAAAACUACAUGAACGUGUACAUACAGGAGAGAAGCCUUACACCUGCUCUAAUUGUUUAAAAGGCUUCACAACAUCAACUGAUCUAAAAGUUCAUCAGAGAACACACACAGGAGAGAAGCCUUACUUAUGCUAUGACUGUGGGGCGAGGUUCUCUCGACUGGACCACAUAAAACUACAUGAACGUGUACAUACAGGAGAGAAGCCUUACAUCUGCUCUGACUGUGGAAAAUGUUUUAAAACAACAGCUGAGCUAAAAUGUCAUCAGAGAACACACACAGGAGAGAAACCUUACUCCUGCUCUGACUGUGGGAAGAGUUUUUCUCAACUGGGCCAGUUAAAAAUACAUGAACGUAAACAUACAGGACAGAAGCCUUACUCCUGCUUUUAUUGUGUAAAAUGCUUCACAACAUCAACUGAGCUAAAAGUUCAUCAGAGAACACACACAGGAGAGAAGCCUUACUCCUGCUCUGACUGUAGGAAGAGUUUCUCUCAACCGAGCCACUUAAAAAGACACCAAGGUAUACAUAAAGGAGAGAAGCCUUCCUACUGCUCUGACGACGGAAAAUAUUUGAAAUCAUCAGCGGAGCUAAAAGGUCAUCAGAGAUCACACACAAGAGAGAAACCUUACGUCUGCUCUUACUGUGGCAAGAGUUUCUCCCGAUUGGGAAAUGUGAAAAUACACCAACGGAUACACACUGGAGAGAAGCCUUAUCACUGCACUGACUGUGAGAAGAGAUUCUCUCAACAGAGCAAUUUAAAAAGACACCAAAGUAUACAUAAAGGAGAGAAGCCUCAUCAGUUCUCUCAGACCAGCGAAGAUUAGAUUCUCCACUUAAUUAUCAUGUCAUUAAAUAAUUGGCAAUGUUGAAUUGGAUCAAAUGAAGAAAGCGUAGAGCAAUUGAAAUCCUAUUUUCUCACUGUGAGAGAACUGUGCAGAGGAAGGGAGUGGUUUAUAGGAUGUUAGCCUCUCUUUACUUUAGUGAUCAGUGUGCACCUUGUCAGUUUUGGUGUGUUUUGUUAGCGUCUACUGUAAAGAUAUUGAGAUGAUCUUGGAUUUGCCCUUAGGGUUGAAUAUCCUCUGUGAGACAUCUCACAAUUGAGUCUGAUGGUUGACUGGAUGGUACUGCUUCCCUCUGCAGUUUUCUGUGGGAAUGAGCUGGUAGACAACAUGCACUGAGUGUACAAAACAUUAAGGACACCUGCUCUUUCCAUGACAGACUGACCAGGUGAACCCAGGUGAACGCUAUCAUCCUUAAUGCUGUUUAUUUAUUAUGGAUCCCCAUUAGCUUUCAGCAGAAAACAAGAAACUGCAGUUGGAGUGGGCUAAGAAUUGAAGACUGGACACUGGAGGAUUUGAAAAUCUUUGCCUGGUCUGAUGAAUCCCUGUUCCUGCUGUUUCAUGCUGAUGGUAGGACUAGGGUAUGGAAAAAAACAUCAUUACAUGCAUUCAUGCUGUGUGUCAGCAUUGCAGGCUGGUGGUGGUUGUGUGAUGGUUUGUUUUCAUGGCACACAUUGGGCCUGUCAUGCCAAAUAAUGUCCCCCUCUACGUCACAAUGGGAUUCGAUAAACUUAGCUUCCGUUGCUAAACGAAUGGUGUGAUGACCUAAUGAUUAUAAUUUUGGAGAUCAUUACAGCCUAAAUUAUGUUCUCUUCAUCAUCGCUAUGCAAACAAGGCUGAUUUCCCCAACAAUUUCGCUGUUUAAAAGUUUUGUUUAGCUAAUCAAAUACAAAACAUGAAUUCGUACUACUUUUUGGUACCUUGUUAACGUUACAACAUGAAAUACACGUCUUACAUGUUGCUACAUUUCGGAAAUGGCAGUGAGCGCGUGUAAUCUGCUUGACACAUUAAAGUGACUUACCUUACAGAUCACAAAGUCAGGUAAUUUCCAUUAGUUUAAUUUCCAUUUCCAUUUUAUUUGAACUGUUAUUUUAACCUAGCCCUUGUGGUUGAAUAUGAAAUAUAUAUAUAUAAUAAUAUAUGUGUGUGUAUCUAUUGUAGGUCCUAGCAUACAACAAUGAAUAAUGUGGAACAAAUAAAGACCAUUCAAAGGAAGCCUGGCAAUAUUUAAGAUUGUAAUACAUAAACUCUGAUCGUUUUUAUUUUCACAGAUGAUUUUUUUUGUACACACAUGGCAGACACACUUAACUCUGGUGUGUGGAAUAAAGAGGUGGGUGCUGUGUGGUUGGGAGGUUCUGCCUGUCACUUGUUCUCAAUUGGCAGUCUCGGAAGGGGGACUUGAAGAGGGAGACUGCGAAGUCCAGGCACUGCAGUGCUAGUAGUUUUUUAGUUCAUCUGUGUAUCUCACAUAUUAUAUGCCCAGUAUGAUAUGGCGUGCAAACUUUAUUAGCAGAUAAUGACAACAUGACAAUAACAGUAGCUUUAAAUUAUGUAAUGAGAUGGAUGGGAUGAGUGGGCAGAUUGUUGGGAAAUCAGAAGUCACUAGAUGCAGAAUUUCAUCUGGAGGGAGAGGUGAGAAAGAGUUAAAAGAUGAGGAAGGAGGCAGAAUCAAGAGAUGCUUGAUCAGGUGCUGUGGCUAAUUCUUCCUGUCACUUGUCCUCGACAGGCAGCCAGUCUGUCAGGGGUUCAAUAACGUGCUUGGUUUAGUUGGAAGCCCUCUCACCACGUCAAGGUACAGGCCGAGAGAAGGAUAAAAAAAUGUAUAUUGUUUUAUCCAGUUUAAUUAAGGCCUUUAUCCCCCUACUCUAGCUUUGUAGUGUUUGACCUCAUGGGGCUUGGAGAUGUGUAGCAAUAUGGUGAUGACUCAACAAAUCUAGAACCUCCAGAUAUACAAACACUAACUAGAAACCAAUGUCCAAUUCCAUACCAACCCCUGGCCUAAAAUUUGAUUUGGAAUUGGACAACAAAGAUGAAUGGUUAGGAAGAAGGGGUUAAGGAACUGGUCAAUUGAACAUUUUACUCGCAAUGAAUACAUUUAAUAUGCAAAUGUUUAAAUUUACAUCCAAUUUGAGCAAGUUUCAAAUAUUUACCAGCAAA